AUGACUUUAAGGUACUCUUCAGAUCUAACACUGAACAUAUAUGAAAAGCCUCCACAAAACCCAGAUUGGCUUCAAAAGUAGGGGAAUAUAGAUUUAAUCUUGAAUAAGAUCAAAUAAAAGAAUAUGCUUUAAAGAAUUCAAUAUACUACAAAUGAAUAGAUUUAAGUAAUUAAAAUAAUAAUUUUAAGGAAGUAGACCCUAUAUUACUUAGAAGUCAUAGGUUAAACAAAAAAUUAAAAGAAUUUGAUCACUAUAAUUAAGAAUAAAUAGAAAAAUAUAGAAAGAUUUUACAAUCUGAUAGGGAACAAAUAACAAAUGCAAUGUCUCAAAGAAGAAGAAUGGGUUCGUUCGUUAAGCAUGUAAGAAGCAUUAGCACAACAGUUUUGAAGCCGUACUAUUUAUAUUUUUAUCAAUAGACACAUUUAAGUCAAUAAUAUUGUAAAUCUAUAAUAUAAUGAAAAAAAGGUGGAACAUCAAGUUAUUUCAAGAUAGAAAAUUAAAUCAAUAUAAGAAAAUAGAAAAACUAUAGAUAAUUGUUCUAAAAGACUUCAAUAAUUAUUUAAAGAGGAUUCGUCCAAUCAUGUUUCUAGAGUAUAGAGCCAUUUGGAAUAAAGAUCAUAAAAGAAAAAAAAUUCAAUUGACUUAAUUCGAAACCUUUAUUGA